GUUUGUAGAUGGUUCCGUGGCUACAAGACGAGAAAAGACCUAGAGACAGAGCAGCGGAUGGCUCGGGUGAUCCAGAGGCAGUUCAGACGUCGCGCUCUGACUGUGAAGAAGGCAGUCCUACAUGAAAGACCAGCUCGGAACACCGCUUCUCCCAUACCCAGCUCCAGGAUGGGUCAGAGGUCACCAAGAACAGCAAAGCUGGCUGACCCUGUGGGUGAAAGGUCACCACUUCUGAUUCGGAAAUUUGGCCAGGCAAAGCCCAACAGCACAGGAAUGACCUCCACCCAGACCCAAGAUGACCAGGAUGGAAAAGGUCAGGGGUCAUCAGAGGACUCAACAAACAACUUCAUGGGUCAGGGGUCACCAGACAGCUCAUCCAAAAACACGACUGGUCAGGGGUCAGCAGAAGGAGCAUCCAGCAACACAGCAAGUCAAGGGUCGACUGAUGCUGCAGAUAGCAUGACAGCGGAUCAGCAGAGAGCUGGAAAGGUUAAAGGACAAAGUUCACCAAGUCCCAGCAAGAGUGGCAAAAUCUCAGACUCUCUGGUCAGCCUCCAGCAUCGUAAGGAAAGGAGAGAACAUCGUGAGCAGCCCUGGACAGAGGACACUCCACAGCAUGAAGACCUGCAGUGGAAAAUAGGGAAUGAGCUACAGCUGAACAUAGAUGGUUACCAGGACGACAUUGUCAGUCUGCGAUGGAAGGGAGAACAGCUGGAGGAGAAAGCCGCUCUGGCUGCACACGGGUUCCUCACCCCUCCCAGAGUUGUGCUGGUCUCCUCCACUGUACCAAAGGCCAAGUUUCUCCCCCUGACUGUGAAGGAAGAUCCUUCUGUCUUGGUGGUCUCCUAUGACCACCAGAGCGACAGCUUUGAAAAGAUUCUGAUUUGCAGAGUUUGA